AUGGAGGGCAUCCUGGAUUUUGACAAAGACCUCGACAUUGGUCUUCUGGACCGUGUCGUCGCCGCCAUGUACACCGGCGCCGGUCAGGAUCAGAGGAUGGCCCAGCAGACCCUCGCCCAGUUCCAGGAGCAUCCCGAUGCCUGGCAGCGCGUCCCCGCCAUUCUUCAGCAGAGCUCGUCGCCACAGACCAAAUACAUCUCGCUCCAGAUCCUCGACAAGCUCAUCUCGACACGGUGGAAAGUGCUCCCCGAGGACCAGCAGCAGGGCAUCCGCAACUUCAUUGUCGAGAUGAUCAUUCAGCACUCGUCUGAUGAAGCCAGCCUCAAGCGCGAAAAGACCUACCUCGGCAAGCUCAACACCACGCUCAUUCAGAUCCUCAAGCAGGAGUGGCCGCACAACUGGCCCUCGUUCAUCCCUGAAAUCGUCUCCUCCUCCAAGGGCUCGCUCUCCAUCUGUGAAAACAACAUGGCCAUCCUCCGCCUACUCUCUGAAGAGAUCUUUGACUACUCGGCCGAGCAGAUGACCACCUCCAAGACCAAAUCGCUAAAGAACCAGAUGUGCGGCGAGUUUGGUGAGGUUUUCCAGCUCUGCUCCGAGGUGCUCGAAAAGGCGCAAAAGCCCAGCCUCAUCAAGGCCACCCUCGGCACCAUGCUCCGCUUCCUCAACUGGAUCCCCCUCGGCUACAUCUUCGAGACCAACGUCAUCGACAACCUCAUCGGCCGCUUCCUCGAGGUGCCCGAAUUCCGCAACGUCACCCUCAAGUGUCUCUCCGAGAUUGCCAAUCUGAACGUCGGCGCAGAGUACGACCCCAAGUUUGUCGUCCUCUUCAAUAUGGUCAUGACCUCGGUCAACCGCAUGAUCCCUCCCGCCACCAACAUCGCCGCCGCCUACGAGACCAGCUCCGACUCGGAGCAGGAACUCGUGCUCAAUCUCGCGCUCUUCCUCUCUAACUUCCUCACCACCCACCUCAAGCUCGUAGAGAACCCGGACAACAACGACGUCCUCCUCAACGCACACAUGUACCUCAUCAAGGUCUCCCAAGUGCCCGAACGAGAGGUCUUCAAGAUCUGCCUCGAGUACUGGUCCAAGCUCGUCAGCGAGCUCUACGAGGAGCAGCAGUCUCAGCCCAUCGCCGACAUGAACCCGCUCCUCGGCCUCAACUUGGGCAACGGCGUCAGCAAUUCCAACUCGGCCAAUCUGCGCAAAAACAUCUACACCGACAUCCUCUCCAAUUUGAGGCUCGUCAUGAUCGAGCGCAUGGUCAAGCCCGAGGAGGUGCUCAUCGUCGAAAACGACGAGGGCGAGAUCGUCCGCGAGUUUAUGAAGGAGAGCGACACCAUCGUGCUCUACAAGAGCAUGCGCGAGGUGCUCGUCUACCUCACCCAUCUCGACGUGCUCGAUACCGAAAACAUCAUGACCGAAAAGCUCGCCAAGCAGGUCGACGGCUCCGAAUGGUCGUGGGCCAACCUCAACACCCUCUGCUGGGCCAUCGGCUCCAUCUCGGGCGCCAUGAACGAGGAGACCGAGAAGCGCUUCCUCGUCACCGUCAUCAAGGAUCUGCUCGGGCUUUGCGAGAUGAAGCGAGGCAAGGACAACAAGGCCGUCGUCGCUUCCAACAUCAUGUACAUCGUCGGCCAAUAUCCGCGAUUCCUCAAAGCGCACUGGAAGUUCCUCAAGACCGUGGUCAACAAGAACUUUGAGUUCAUGCACGAGAGCCACGAGGGUGUUCAGGACAUGGCGUGCGACACGUACAUCAAGAUUGCGCAGAAGUGUCGUCGCCACUUUGUCAUCCAACAGGCGGGCGAGCAGGAACCUUUCAUCGAUGAGAUCCUCCGCAACUUGCACCGCAUCACGCUUGACCUCUCGCCCUUGCAAGUGCACACGUUCUACGAGGCCGUAGGCUACAUGAUCGCAGCGCAGCCGAAUCGUCCCACGCAGGAGCGUCUCAUCGCCAAGCUCAUGGAGCUGCCCAACAGCGCUUGGGACAGCCUCAUGCAGCAGGCGCACAACAACGUCGACGUGCUCGGCAGCCCCGAAAACAUCAAGAUCUUGUCCAACGUGCUCAAGACCAACGUCUCGGCCUGCUACUCGAUCGGCACCUUCUUCCUGCCACAGAUUGGCCGCAUCUACCUCGACAUGCUCGCGCUCUACCGCAGCGUCAGCGGCCUCAUCAGCGCCAAGGUCGAGGCCGAAGGUCUCAUCGCCACCAAGACGCCCAUGGUGCGUGGCCUGCGUACCAUCAAAAAGGAGAUUCUGCGUCUGGUCGAGACGUAUGUCAAGCGCGCCGAAGACCUCGAAUCGGUCAACAGCAACCUCAUCCCCUCGUUGCUCGACGCUAUCCUCGGCGACUACAAUCGCAACGUGCCCGCCGCGAGGGACGCCGAAGUGCUCAACGUCAUGGCCACCAUCACCUCACGUCUGCAGGGACUGUUGCUGGACAAAAUUGUACCUGUACUCGAUGCCGUGUUUGAGCCUACGCUCAACAUGAUCAACCAAGACUUUGCAGAGUUUCCCGAGCACCGCGUCGGCUUCUUCAAGCUGCUGCGCGCCAUCAACCUGUACUGCUUCCCUGCGCUGCUCGAGCUCCCCCCACCCAAGUUCAAGCUGACCAUGGACAGCAUCAUCUGGGCGAUCAAGCACACGAUGCGCGACAUUGCCGAUACAGGUCUCAACAUCUGCCUCGAGCUGCUCAACAACAUCUCGGGCUCGCCGCUCGAGGUGGCCAACGGCUUCUACCAGCAGUACUUGCUCAACAUCAUCCAGGACAUCUUUUUCGUGCUGACCGACUCAGACCACAAGAGCGGCUUCAAGACGCAGUGUGUGCUGCUGGCACGCAUCUUUGAGCUCAUCGAGACGGACCGCGUCACCGCCCCGCUGUGGGACGCUGCGACGCAGCAAGACCCCAACAUGAACAACCGGCUGUUCAUCCGACAGUACACGUCGAACCUGCUGCGCAACGCAUUCCCGCACAUGCAGGCGCAGUACGUCGAGCACUUUGUCAACGGCCUCUGCAUGCACUCGAGCGAUCUCAUCGCGUACAAGCUGCAUCUGCGUGACUUCCUGAUUACGUCGCGCGAGAUGUUCGGCGGCCAGACGGGCGCUUCGGACAACGCGGACUUGUUUAUCGAGGACAAGGAGGCCGAGGCGCAGCGCAAGGCGGCGGAAGAGCGCGAGAAGGCGGCCACCGUGCCGGGUAUGCUCAAGCCUUCGCAGAUCAAAGAGGAGGACGAGGAGUUGUGA